AGAGGGAAGGCUGUUCCGCUUGGAUGGCCGGAGCAGUCAGGAGGCUGCUCGGGAGGGGAGACAGACAAGACAUCGCUUUCGCUUUUUGCGCUUCCCUUCUCGGGCUUUUUCUCCUGCGUGUGUCCCGCUCCGCGCUCUGCAAGGACCGGAGCAAAAGAGGGGAGGGCAGGCGGGGAGUCAAGGAAGGGAGAGCUGACGCAUCUGAGUGAGUGGGCACACCGAGGCUUCACUUCUCUCUCCCCCACCCCACACCCGAUAUGCUACCCGCGAGACGCCUGAGCACCGCCCCCGACCCGCGCUGCUGACACCGAGAGGGAGCGACCCGGAGGACGGAGGCAGGGAGAGCCGGCGAUGGAUGCAGAGUAGCGGCUCAGGAGGGGGGCCACGCAAAAGCAAAAAGCGGAGCGGAAGCGUGUUUUUUUCUUCUUCUUGUUUUGCGCACAAGCCAUAAAGAGACGCUGUUAUUAUUAUUUCGUUAUUUUUUUUUCUUUGUUUCUGUGGCCCGGAGCGCCACAAGUGAGACAUUUAGUUUGGCGACAAAUUUCGGAUUACUCUGUGCCUGUGAUUUCCUGGAAGAAAAAACACACAACAGAUUGGCAAAGGAGAGAAGUGCAAAUCGGAUUCCAUACAUUUGUGAUUGGAUGUGAAAACACUUUUGACCCUUCAAAAUUGAAGAUGAUGUUACUAUGGAAACUGCUGCUGCUGCAGUCACUUAUGGGGUGCCUGGCAGAGAGCGGCGUCCUGCAGAGUCCCGCAUUCACCAAGCAGCCAGGCAGCAUCGUGUACCCUGUGGAGACGGUGGGGACCAACAGGGAGGUGGUGUUCAGCUGCGAGGCCCAGGGAAGCCCACCUCCCACGUACCGGUGGAAGUUAAACGGUACAGAAGUCACUCCCAAAGCUGGAUCUCACUACAGCCUUUCUGGAGGCAACCUCCGAAUCAGCCGUCUGAACAAAGACCAAGACGCCGGAACGUACCAGUGCCUCGCCUCCAACUCCUUCGGGACCAUCGUCAGCCGAGAGGCCAGCCUAACCUUUGCUUACUUGGAGAACUUCAAGACUCACAGAAGAAGUUCUGUCUCAGUACGGGAAGGUCAAGGAGUGGUUCUGCUGUGCGGACCUCCCCCUCAUUCUGGAGAUCUGAUCUUCUCCUGGAUCUUCAAUGAAUACCCAACAUUUGUGAAGCAGGACAACCGGCGCUUCGUCUCACAGGAGACGGGGAACCUGUACAUCGCCAAAAUGGAGCCUUCGGAUGUUGGAAACUACACCUGUGUGGUGACCAACACAGUCACAAAGACCCGUGUCCAGGGCCCGCCCACUCCGCUGGUGCUUCGCAGCGUCGGUGUUAUGGGCGAAUACGAGCCAAAGAUUGAAGUUCAGUUUCCAGAAGUUGUUCACGUUGCCAAAGGAUCCACUGUAAAGCUGGAAUGCUUCGCUCUUGGAAACCCUGCACCCUCCAUCAGCUGGAGGAGAGUGGACGGCGUACCGUUCCCCAGGAAGGUGGACAUGAGGAAGGCCAGCGGCGUCCUGGAAAUCCCGUACUUCCAACAGGAGGACGCCGGCACGUACGAGUGCAUGGCCGAGAACUCCCGGGGGAUGAACACGGUGAAAGGAAAGCUCUCUUUCUACGCUCCACCUCAUCUCAUCGAGAAGCCCCAAGACGUCCAAAAGUUCAUCGAUGACUCGCUGGUGUGGGAGUGCAAAGCCACAGGGAAACCGAAACCCUCGUACAGAUGGAUGAAGAACGGAGAAAACCUGGAAUCUACAGAGGAGCGCGUACAGGUUGCCAAUGGGAUUCUGUCAAUCAGUCGGCUAACCCUGUCCGACGCCGGAAUGUACCAGUGUGUGGCUGGGAAUAAGCACGGCGAGGUCUACUCCAACGCAGAGCUCCGAGUCAUAGCUGUUGCCCCGGAUUUUUCUCACAAUCAACUGAAGAGUCAGACGCUGGUGAAAGUGGGAGGAGACAUCCUCAUCGAGUGCAAGCCCAAGAUGUCUCCUUGGGGCGUGAUCUCAUGGCGGAAGGACAGUGAACCCCUGCAGGGGAGCAGCAGGGUCUCCAUCCUGGACAAUGGCAGCCUUCGGAUAUGGAACGUGACCAAACUGGACGCUGGCCUCUACACCUGCGUUGCAAGAAACCAGUUUGGAGUGGCGAGCAGCACAGGAAGUGUUACAGUAAAAGAGCCGACCAUCAUCACCACGCAGCCCACAACGCUGGACAUCACUGUCGGGGAGAGCGUGGUCCUGCCCUGUCAGGUGAGCCACGACCCAUCUCUGGAGCUCAAGUUCACCUGGUUCUUCAAUGAGCAACUCAUCCACUUUGGGAGCAACGGCGGAUUCUUCGAAAAAGUUGGAGGCCAGCACUCGGCGGGGGACAUUAUGAUUCGGAACAUCCAGCUGGGGCACGCAGGGAAGUACACAUGCGCCGUGCAGACCAAGGUGGACAGCAUCUCCAUAGCAGUGGACCUGGUUGUCCGAGGUCCCCCAGGCCCCCCCACCAGCAUCCAAGUAGAAGAAAUCACAGAUACCACGGCCUCUCUGUCCUGGAGGCCCGGUCCCGAUAAUCACAGUCCAAUUACGGCGUACACCAUCCAGGCCAGGACACCGUUCUCCCUGGGGUGGCAGGCUGUCACCACAGUUCCUGAGGUGGUUGGGGGCCACCAGCUGACCGCUGCUGUAACAGAGCUGAGCCCCUGGGUGGAGUAUGAGUUCCGAGUUCUGGCGAGCAACAGAGUCGGGACCGGCGAGCCCAGCAAGCCGUCCAAACAAGCAAGGACAAAGAGCACAACUCCGAAGGUCACACCGGCUAAUGUGAGCGGAGGAGGAGGCAGUCGCUCCGAAUUAGUCAUCACAUGGGAGCCUGUUCCAGAGGAGCUGCAGAAUGGGCCGGGGUUCGGCUACGUGGUGGCGUUCCGACCUCACGGGGCCACGGGCUGGAUGCAGGCCGCCGUGCCGUCCCCAGAGGCGUCCCGAUACAUCUUUAAAAACGAGAGCAUCCAGCCUUUCUCGCCUUUCCAUGUAAAGGUCGGCGUUUACAACAACGAGGGGGAGAGUCCGUUUGGACCGGUUACCACCAUCUACUCUGCUGAGGAAGAGCCUGGCAGAGCUCCCACCAGGAUCCGCGCCAAGAGCCUCUCUGCGUCCGAGAUGGAAGUGUCGUGGAAGGCUCUGCCCUGGAACGCCAGCAAGCGGCGAGUGCUGGGCUAUGAGCUCAGGUACUGGAGUAGAAGCGAACGGGAGGAGACGGCCAGCGUGCAAAGAACCUCUGGGAAUCAGACGUCCAGCAUCAUCAGCGGCUUAAGAGGCAGCACGGCGUAUCACAUCUCAGUGAGGGCCUACAACACGGCCGGAACGGGCCCUCCCAGCACCACCGUCAACGUGACCACCAAAAAACCACCUCCCAGCCAGCCUCCGGUUAAAGUCAUGUGGAACACAUCAAACUCCAAGAUCAUCCUGAACUGGGAGCACGUCAAAGCCCUGGAGAACGAGUCCGAAGUGACCGGUUACAAAGUGCUCUAUAAGAAGAAUCGACACAGCCGGCCCAGCGUCAUGGAAACCAACACCACCUCGGUGGAGCUCGCUCUUCCCACCGACGAGGACUAUAUCAUCCAGAUAAAGCCGUUUGGAGACGGAGGGGACGGCAGCAGCAGCAAGCAGAUCACCAUCCCCAAGAUACCAGGCCCCAACGCGGUGGGCUCGGCCUCCAAGGUCUCCACGCUGUCGGCCCUCAGCACAAUAGCUCUGUCUUUCACAGCACGAACAUCUUUAUGACAAAUGGCUCACAGCAGACGUUGCAUCUAACGUGGAGACAGCUAUCGGGCGGGAACACAAACGCAGCCCACUCCGGUGUAACUAGACCCAUUCAUUUAGAUUUUAGCGGCAGAGGGAAGACACUGACGGUAAAAAUGUCCAAGAGAGAGGACAGACAAGGAAUCCCUGUCAGCUACACAGGCCAGGUGGAGGAGAUUGACCGAUGUCGUGACUAUGUUGUUACCAAAGCAGCUUUCAUAAAAGAAACGUAAAGGAAAAAAAGUCUUAUAUGCAUCUUUUUGUAUGACAUGUUGAGCUUUUAUAGACUUUUGUUUUCUUAAUGGGUUUGUAGAUGGCCUUGGCUUCAGGGGUGAGAACAGUUCAAUGCAUGGAAAAUGGCAUUGUCCCAUUUUACAGUCAGAAAGUAAAGAACACGAUGAUUCAACAGUUCCCCAUCUGUCUUUUAAGAUAAAACACAACUUAUAACUUUGAUAUUUUCUGCAUUCCAGUAUAUUUAAUAUAGUCUUUUCAUAACGAAAGCACACUAUUAGUGCUACACCAGUUUCCACCAAGUUGAUAUCAAAAUUGAAAAUGUUAAAAAACAAAAAAGGUAAACCCUCAAAUCCCCAGAUACAUACAAAAUACACAAAGCUCUUGAAAUUAGAUGAGGUGUACUUUCUUUUCUCAAAGACUCUAUGUAAACAUCGUGCCCAGUUCACAUUUUGGGCCGAGGUGUCACUUUUUCAGUGUAAAGGGAGGAGUAGCAUCAGACUGUGAACGCUAAUGCUUCAUCGCCUCAUAAUCAGUAGCAAGCUGCAAAAAAAGCUAAAGCUAGCUUCAAAUGAUGGGAAUAAACUACUUCAGCUGCUGCAGAGUGAAAACAUAAACAAUUAUUCCUCUGUUACUAUUAUACUCAAAUGACACAAACAUUAGCUUAUGAAAUUAUACAAUCAUUUCUUCUGCCCAGAACAGGUUCAAGAAGCGCGGCUGAAACUUAAAUAUAGAGUUCUUACAGGUUCUGACAUUUUUUUGUCUUUGCUACAGUGGCCGCUGUCAGACUGUUGUUCAGUUUGGUGCCCUGUAAUAACAGAGUUAUAUCAUUGUAAUUGUAAACAUAAACUGGAAUUAAUUAAUUAAUCAAAUUAAUUAAUUGAGACUAAAUCUGUGAGCCAAACUUGGAGGAUAACAAUAUUUUAAAGCUGAUUCUGUGUUGAGUAACCAACCGUUUCAAAUAAACUGUGUACCAUUUCUGAUACAAAGAAUAGUCAAAUAUUAUGGUCAGAAAGAUGUCAGAAGCUUGCUCAGGGUAGCAGUCUUGGUUUUUAAGUAGGGUUCUGUUGAGAUGUGAUCGUUUCUGACUGACUCAGUCAGCUUUAAAUCACAAUUGUUUUAAAUUAGAAUUGUGUGGGAUAUAAAACUGAAAUCUAUUGCUUAAUAGGUGUGACAAGAGAGAUCAAAAACCUUUAAUCGAAAGAAAAAACGUCUCUUCAUCAUCCUUAACUAAUAAAGAUUAGUGCCUGAUUUUAACGCUUGUAAUAACUCAGCUGACAGAGGAGAGUCUCAUCAGUUUAGUUGGUGUUCUUCAGUGUCCCAGGUCUGCAUUCAAACUGCUAAACUAAUUUCUCUCAGACCACCUUAAAUGGUCUGAGAGAAACCAUCCUGAAAACAUUUGGAUUGCAUUUCCACCCGUCAUCAGGUACAAUCAGACCGCGUUAACGCCACGUCUGAAGCUUACAGUUUUCUCUUUGAUUAAACAGAGAUUGGUUUCCCAGCUAACACCUAGUGUCAUCAAAGCGGAGGCCUGGCUGAGGUAUUGGUUGGCGAUAGCCACUUAGCAGAACCCCACUUCAAAAACCCACUUCAAAGAACUAUUUCUUUUUAAGUUUUUGGUGUCAGAAGUGACAUCCAAGAUGUGAACGUUUUCAGAAUCGCUUUUAUGAGCGUGACCUGUCGCUCAGAGCAGUUCCCCUAAGAUCUAUAAGUAACUUAGUCUUAAAGUCUGAGGUCUAAGUUGUUAAGAGGUGAAGAGAGAGACUAUCUGAAGUUUUUUUUUUUUUUUUAAUGCCCAAUCUUCAUUUGUUUAUCCUCACUGUGCUGCAGAAGAUUUGGGUAUUCAUAUACCUGGACAACAAUUUUAGAAGUUCAAGUCUUGCUUGCCAUCUUUUCUUAUGUUUAUGAACGAAUAGUCCACCUGGGGUGUGAACCUUCAAUGCACUAUUUGUUCCCCUUAAAGGUUAACUAAUUAUUAGCUAAAUUAAUCAAAAAGAAGGUUGAGCUGCCAUGAUUUGGCGCCAGUCCAAGCAUUGAGCAUACAGAGGUGGGUGAAUCCUCAUCAAGGCAGACAUGUAGGGCAGAACUAGACAAGAAAUGUUAUUCCAGCAUUGCUACAAUAUUUGAGUAGCAAUUGCAUAAAGUCCCUUGCUGCGGUGCAGUGUAUGAGUCAUUUUGAAGUUCCACCAUUUAUGUCAAGGACUUUUUUUUCAGGAUAAGACAUAAGGCUUAAGUUAUUUACUUAUUUAUUUAAAUCAGCAUAUUUUAAUACAUUGUUAAAACUCAUAGAAGACUCACAAUAAAGUUAAGGAGUUAUGUAAUAACUAUAUGAUUAUUACAUAAUCAUAUAGUAUAUGAAGUAUAGUAUAUGAACCACAAAUAAUGAGUUUUGGGUAGAAGGAAUGAUUACGGUGAUUUUUGCCUCUUUGAGCAUUUACCUUUAAGACUGUCAAGUCAAAGUCCAAGUAAAAGCUAAGUGGUAGAAUAAAAACCCCUGAGAAAUACUAGUUGUAACCAUUUUAAAAAGGUAGUUCAGAUAUUUUGAAGUGAAGUUUUAUGAAAAUGUUAUCAGAAAAGAAAACUCAGUGGUGAAAGUCUGAAACUUCAUGCUCCCUACAGGAGGGCAUGCAGUUUGUGUUCUGUGAGCCACGCAGGAUGGUUGUGAUUUCAUAGUUGAGCGUACCGGUUGCCUGCAUUCCUCCUGACAAAUUCCUUCAUUUCCCACAAUCCAAAUGGAUACUAAUUAGCUUAAUUAUUGCAUUCGCUUAGCCCCAUGUUUUCCCCGUCCUAGGCAGCCACCGCACAUGAUAGUGAGGCACAGAAUGGUAGUGUAGCGUCCAUGACUACUGUUUACGCCGAAUCCCAACCUUAGCAGCUCAUUGUCGCCUACAAAACAUUUCAAUGUUCCCCGCCGAGCAUUUUACUGUGCGACACCAAGUACAGUCAUAAAAUGUUCCUUUGUGGAGAGACGUGUCUGGCAUGCGUCUGCUUUGAGUCUACCUCCAGUGUGUGUGGGAACCUUUAGUCUAACUGACCCGUGUUAGCCACUUGAGCCGCUGAAAACAACUCGAUCUAAAACUGUUGACAUCAAUGGCAUAAAGCUGUUAUUGAAUAUUAAUUGACAAGUCUUACAACUAACAGUUGUUAAGUUUGUUUUUGUUUCCCAGCUGAACAAUGUCUACAGUGAGUCAGAGCGUUGUAGGCUACAUCUGCUAAGGGUAGUGUUAACUAGUUGAGGAUAUUACAGCAGGUUGUCACCUAGGUAACUGCAUGGGACAUGCGUCUCUGUGCCUUUUUCAGGUUUUGUACUUGUCCACAAAUCUUUCCAAAGGACUGACGAUCAGGGUCGAUCCAAACAACUUCAUUUUCCUGAGAAAACAUCACAAACCUAACAGUGGUUUCUAAUCAAAUUAUAGAUGUUUAAUAUCUGCUUAUAUUAGUGUUGGAUUCCACAAAUCUGAUCAAUUUUAGUGUGAGAAGCUAAAACAGACUCACACUCUUCCAUCCCCUCUAGAGUUUCUCCUCUUUACUGCAAAAAAAUUCCAUUUUUGUCUACGACAAGUAAAGAUACUAUUGUUCAUUGGUUCGUAGAAAUUCUUUAAAAAUUCUGAAUCAACCCUUUAAAAAUAGGCGAGACAGACAUUGGAGGCUACAGCAUUAGCACAUUUUCAGUGCCCAUCCUCAAACACCAGAAACCUGAUGAAAUGUUUAGACAGAUCCUGAUGACAAAGGUUGGAAAAGCUUGCAGUGCAGGGCCUCUCUCCAGGGCCCUCCACUUUGGCCCCCUGAGCUCCUGAUUGCAGGACCCCCGUGGCUGUGUCUCAUGCCCCUCAUUCUUUCAGUUAGCCCUGGUCUAGAGCUCUUCUUUGCCUUCAGUGUGCCUCAUCAUAUGUUCAGAAUCCUCAGGUCCUUAAAGAGCCUUAACUUAUCGCGAGAAUAUCAAAAACACUAGAAGCAUAGAACUUUGCAGCGGCAGCGUUGUUCAAGCGCAGGUGGAACGACAUCAAACAAUGCUAGGUUUGGGUUGGGAGGAGGAAAAGGGAAGCGACAUCCUUUGUCGACAUUACAGAGGGUAGAAAUGGGCAAUUUAUGAGACCAGGUGUGUUUUUUUAGGUGGAUGUUCUGAAUAAAGGACAAUGCUGCUGAUUUUUUCCUUUCUCCAUCGUCUCCUGAUGCCAUGUGGGACUGCCGCGCUACUCGGAGAACGCUGCGGUCUCAUUGUAGCUUGUAAUCCAGUUAAGUAGUUUGUAGUACUUUGAAGGGAAAUGUACUGUAGGCUACUGGGGAUCAUGCAUCAAGAAAUGUGUAAAAUACAGUUUUGUACACUUCAGAUCAUUUAUAUAAAAAGAAACCUUUCUAAAGAGAUGAUUUACUCUGUUUUUAUGUAAACGACUCUUGUUUCAUACUGUAGUUAACUGUUCCUCAGCAUGACUGUACUCGUCGUCUCUCUACUGUCCACCCGCAAAGUGACUGAAUGGCUUUAGGAACAUGUGAGGUCCAUGCAUCCUGCAGGUCUCUGUAUGCUGAACCAUUAACAGCCCUGUGUCUAUGCUUCUGUCUAAGUCAGCCCUUCAGAGAUGUACUGCUUUGACUGUCCGUAUGCGCUCCGCAGGAGGCGUCCCUCUGUUGCUGUUUGUUGUUUAUACCGUGUGAAUAAAGAUAACUGAUUUAUAGAACAA